AUGAGUGAUCAAUCUCAAUCGAAACCAAAAUCCGAUACUGCUUCGGCUUCUGCUUCAUCCUCCAUUCCAUCAGAUCCCAAUCAAUCUGGCAAUGAGUUGACGAUCGAAUAUUUUCAAAUGCAGUUGAUUCUCGAGUAUCUUUUACGGCUUUCAUAUAAUUCGAACGAUCACACCGAACUUAUUGCAAUGUGUUACGAACAACUUAAUCACCAACGUCAUGAAUUACGAAUGUUACACGCAUUGAAAACAGAUUACUCUGCAGAUCGAGCUCUUUGGUGGUACAUUCAAGAAUGUUUCCUGUACAAAAUUUUGAACAAUUCCCUCGAAAGUCGAGAUAUACGUAAUCUAUUCCUCUUUCGUGGAAUUCUGCAUGAUAUCGACCAACAAAUCCGACAACAUCGAUGUUCCACUCCACUCCACGUGUACCGAAGUCAAAUAAUGCCAAUUGAAUUGCUUGAUAAAUGGAUAAGUUCCGUUGGUCAAUGUAUUGUAAUUAAUUCGUUUCUUUCCGCGACCACAAAUAACGAAGUUGCUCUUACUUUUCUCAAUACAAGUCAGGAGACAAAACCAAACUGUGAACGCGUUCUGUUGGAAAUCGAUGCUGAUCCUCGAGUACCCGGUUCAAGACCAUUCGUUCAAAUCGGUUCAUUAAAUUUCUCCGGUGAUAAAAAUGAAGUCUUAUUUACAUUCGGUUCGAUUUUUCUGAUUAAUAAUAUUACAUGUGCAAACAAUGGCAUCUACACAAUUGAAUUAACCUUGUACAGUGACACCGAUCAUGAACUCAAACAAGUCUUCGAUGAGAUGAAAAAGAAAUACAAUGAUCAAGAGAUAAAUCUUCUUACAUUUGCCAAACUAUUGUACGAUUUGGAUAGAUUCGAUGAAGCGGAAGAAUACGCAACUGUUUAUCUUGAAGAAUUACCUGCGAAUAAUUCGAAUAAAGUCGAGUGUUACAAAUUACUGGGAUUGAUCGCCGCAGCGAGAAUUGAUCUUGAUACCAGUCUUUCGUGGUAUAAUAAGGCACUUGAAUUCGAAAUGCGACGAGCUGGAAGAUCAACAGAUACGAAAAUUGCAGAUAUACAUGAAAGUAUCGGGGAUCUCUACUGGAAACAAGGUUUGUACGAUUAUGCGUUGAAACAUUACACAACUUCAUUGGAUAUUAAAACACGAAGUCUUCCACCACAGCACCCAUCAACGGCAGUCACUCUGGAGAAUCUCGGUCGUCUCUAUGAAUCGAAAAAAGACUUCUCUCAGUCAAUGGCAUGUUUUCAACGAGCAAGUGCGAUAUAUCGACGUUCAUCUCCACCAACACCACAAGAUAAAAUCAAUCAACUCGAAGAACAUAUCAGACGUAUUUCGCGCUAUUUAAAAUAA